AUGUCCCUUUUCGGUAGCUCACCGACAGGCGAGUCCUCCGGCCUUCGCUCCAGCGCCUUCGGUCGGUCCUCCCUCUUCGACGACGAACCCCCCAUGACAAGAUCAACCACGACAGCCCUAUUCGCCGACGAUGAUCCAAACGACUCUCCAUGGGACAUUCCCGCGCCGAAAAAACCCCAGACCCGCGCCGAGCUGAUCCGUAACCUGCUGCCGCCCUCGCUCAUCCCGGACAGCUACAUCGAGGCGUUCGAUAAGAUAUUUAGCGAGGACGGGAAAGCGGGGAAGAUCACGGCUGCCGGGGUGACCAGAACGCUGGCGGCAGCGAAGUUGGGUGCCGAUGCUCAGGCGAAGAUUAUGUCCAUUGUUGGGCCGGAAAAUGAGAGCGAGGAGCUGGCGCUGGAUCGAAACCAGUUCAAUGUGUUGUUGGCGUUGAUUGGGCUGGCUCAGGAGGGCGAGCCGAUUAGUCUUGAUGGUGUUGAUGAGAGACGACGGAAUCUUCCACAGCCUGAUCUUCAUGGCUUGAUUACCAAGUCAACGGCAGCUCCAUCCCUUCCAGAACUGACCCCGACGUCCCCCGAGCGACCUACCUCAUCGUCAGCUGCUCUGAACCCCCCAUCUCCGAAACAACAGCGCGCUACUGUCAGGAAACCGCCAAUGGAGUAUCCUGAAGACCCGUGGAAUACUCCAGACCUCCACAAAAAUCACAAUCAUGGCCCCGAACCGUCGACAACAAACGGUAGCCAUGCCCGGACCAGUUCUGCUGUAUCCAACGGGGACAGUUUGUUCAGUACCAGCCCGCAAGAUACAUCCCGGAGAAGCACAUCUGCCUUUACCACUGGCAAUAUCCAAACAUCAGCACCUCCCUCUGUAGUGGAUAGCACAAAUGCUUGGGGUUCGCUGGAUGGUGUGCCCGCAGGGCUGGGGGGAUUCGGUGACCCAGCACAUCAGAAUCCCUUCGGUACUGGUCCAUUGGGUUCGACGACGGCUCCCAAUAGGACCAUUGGCGGCGGACGGACCGUGUCGCCUGUGGAGGAGACAGUCACAGUCACAUUGAUGCCGGAAAAAGAGGGCAUCUUCCUCUUCCAGCAUCACAACUACGAGAUUACCUGCGCGAAAAGGGGGAGCAAAGUCAUCAGGCGUUACAGUGACUUUGUUUGGCUUUUGGAGUGCUUGCACAAGAGGUACCCGUUUAGGGUGUUACCUUUGCUGCCACCGAAACGGAUUGCUGUGAAUGGAAACCAUUUUUCGAACGAUGGGGCUUUUAUUGAGAAGAGGCGUCGCGGACUUGCGCGUUUCCUCAAUGCGCUUGUUCGGCACCCUGUCCUUAGUCAGGAGCAGCUGGUGGUUAUGUUCUUGACUGUUCCUACUGAAUUGUCUGUCUGGCGCAAGCAAGCUACCAUUACUAUUCAAGAUGAGUUCGCUGGCCGCCCGAUGCCCCCUGGGCUGGAAGAGUCACUCCCGCCAACCCUAGAAGAACUCUUCAGUCGGACUCGUGCUGGCGUUCAGCGCAGUGCAGAGUUGUACAUCAAUAUCUGCAACAUUAUGGACCGGCUGGUCAAGAGGACGGAGGGCGUGGCAGCUGACCAUGCUCGUCUUGCGCUCUCCCUCAUAUCUCUCACAGAAGCGAGCAAGGAUACAUACGCAACUGAUGCAAGCGACGUGCCGAUGCUCAAUGAUGGGCUUCAGACCAUGAGCCGACACCUCCGGAAUGCCCAGACCCUCAUGGAGGAUGAGGCUCGUGCCUGGGAGGAGGGUGUUUUGGAGGAUUUGAAGCGCCAGCGAGAUGCGCUUGUUAGCCUGAGGGAUCUGUUCGACAGGCGAGAGAAGCUGGAUAAGGAUAAUAUUCCGCAGUUGGAGCGGCGCAUCGCUGCGAACGAGGCCAAGCUUGCGGCGCUACGGUCCAAGCCAGAGGGGAUGGUCAAACCGGGGGAGAUUGAGAAGAUUGUGGAGAUGAUUAUUAAAGACAAGGAAUCGAUCGUCAACCAACACAACCGGUCCGUCUUCAUCAAGGAGUGCAUCCGCGACGAGCUUAUAUACUUCCAACACACCCAGUAUAAUGUGUCUCGCUGGAACCAGGACUGGGCCCAAGAGCGCGUUAAGUACGCAGAGAUGCUGGCUGACAACUGGCGUCGACUCAUGGAUGGCCUCGAGGGCAUGCCCUUGGGUCCUUGA